GAUAAUACUGUUACUAUUAUCUAGCCUUUAUUUAAAAUGAUAAUUUAUCAAUAAAGAGACAAAUUCAGCAUUUCCUUAUGAUCUUUUUGGAAUCCUUAUUAUUAUAAUUUAAUUAACUAUGUAAUAUGUAGGAGGAUAAGUUAAUACGUUAACCGCGCUGCUAGAUGGCGUGCUGUCGUGUCAUUCGAGCGCCUAAAAGUAUGCAAUUCUUAAUACGCGCAGCAUUGUUCGGUUGUUUUCGUAAGUAGUCGUGCAACGAGACCUCGUGUCGGAUAAAAUAACUCGUAAAAUAAGGUUAACGAUAUAAUUUAUAGAAAAUGUUGUAAACUCAAGUUACAUAGUAAACAAAUAAUGUAGGUAGCGUGAAAUAAUGGAUAUGUAUAAUUAUUAUACUACACUUGGUUGUACCGUAGAAUCGUCGUACAAUGAUAUUAAAAAUGCAUAUUAUCGUCGUGCGCGUGAACUUCAUCCAGAUAAAAACACCGGAGAAGAAAAUCGAGAAAAAUUUCAACGUCUUGCCGAAGCUUGGUCUAUCCUAAAAGAUCCCGAGUUGAGACAAAAAUAUGACAGCGAAUGUAAGCAAGCGGAAUUAGAAUCUAAUAACAUUGUUGUUCAUGCGACUGUACAAUUACAUGAAUUAGAAGCAACAAAUGAUGACAACGUAUUAAGUUUUCCAUGCAGAUGUGGUAAUUAUUACAAAGUAGACAAAGAGAUGCUCAAAGAACAAAAUUGUUCAAUUUACGUGUCUUGUGAAGAAUGUACUUUUAUUAUCAUUGUUAAAACAUGAUAUAUUAAACAGUUUCCAGAAAGACAAAUAUUCUGCACUUAAUGUGUAAUAACGUUAUAGGAUACAAUUGUUGUUGGAGUAUUAAAGCGUUAAUGCAAUUGUCAAGAAAUCAAUGGAAAACAAAGUUUGAACUGUAAAUUGUACAAGUUUUAAAUUCCAUCUUUUAUUCCAUAGCAUAUAUCUUGUUGAUUUUGAAUAAAUGUUCAAACUUUCACAGUUUGUUUGAAUUUUCACGCGCUUUUACUCCUAUUGUUGUUAUAAAAAUAAAUCUAACUACGCAUCGCAGAAAAUUGAAAUAUACUGUGUUCAAAUAUACAUACGUAUAUACACAUGUAGUAUAUAGGUUUUGUCCAUUUAAUUUCUUAGUUGUUGCUACAUUUCCAACGUUAAAAAAAUAUUAUCUAUUUAUAUAGGAGAAACUAAAUGUACAGAUUCUAUUUUACUCUUAGACAAAUCUCAUUAUGACAGAAUAUAGUAAAUAAAAAUACGACUUUUCUAAAAUGGAGUAACAUUUUUCUAUUUCUUGUAAAAAAUGAUACAACAGAUAACACAUCCUUAUAAUAUAAACUAUUAAGCAAUAUACAAAUAAAACACGAUCCUUAGAAUAACCAGGGUUCAAUAAUAAAAGAUGCAAAUACAAAAGAACAAAUGAAUAUAUUGAAGAUUUUCUACUUUUCAAUGAUACGUUAUUGUCUAAAUCGAUCGAAUUAAUGGAUAAAUCCUUAAUUGUGGAAUAAUAAAUGUCCCUAAAGAUCGUGAUGAUUACACAAGCGACUUUAUGAAAUUCAAUUAUACAUCUUUAUCAUAUGCAGGGGGAUAAUAAUAUGCAGCUCUUAUUAUUGGCCCUUUGUAGAAAAGAAAAGAAAAGAAAAGAAAAGAAAAAAAAA